AAAGUCUUAAAUCUUUAUUUUUUGAGUUUGAAGAAUUUUAAUUUUGUUGCGACGUUUUUUUGUUUGGUUAUGGUAAUUGUCUGAAAAAAAGAGGAAAGAUGAUACCUGAAGCUGAGGUUGUUUUUCAACAGAGCGUGCCGGUGUUGGACGUUCCGUUUUUUGUUAAGGGAAGUAAUAUCGAGGAGAUUGAUGAAAUUGUUGAGAUUUCACCACCUGUUUCUUCGCCUAAGUUUGGACAAAUUUGUGUUGCUGAGUCGGUUUCUGCCGAUUUAUCCAACUCUCAACUGGAUGUGAAAUCUCUAGAAAAAAUCCCAGAUCCAAGUAAUAUUGAAUCUACCAUCCUGCAAUUUGUCCCGAGCAUCCGUUCAGGCAGUUUUGCUGACAUUGGACCGAGGAGAUGCAUGGAAGAUGAACAUAUUAGAAUAGACGAUCUGUCAUCACAUUUGGGAUCCCUUUUCAAGUUUCCUAAGCCUAGUGCCUUUUAUGGGGUGUUUGAUGGUCAUGGAGGUUCUGAAGCAGCAGCGUAUAUUAGGAAAAAUGCCCUUAGAUUCUUUUUUGAAGAUGUCAAAUUUCCCCAGACAAGUGAAGUUGAUGAUAUUUUCUUGGAAGGGGUUGAGAACUCUCUCCGAAAAUCAUUUCUUCUUGCUGACCUUGCUCUUGCGGAUGAUUGUACUGUGAAUAGCUCUUCUGGAACAACAGCACUAACUGCUUUGAUAUUUGGAAGGCUUCUAAUGGUGGCCAAUGCUGGUGAUUGCCGAGCGGUUCUUUGUCGAAGAGGGGAGGCAAUAGAUAUGUCUGAAGACCACAGACCUAUAUAUCUGUCAGAACGGAGGAGAGUAGAGGAGCUGGGCGGGUUUAUUGAUGAUGGAUAUCUUAACGGUGAACUAUCAGUUUCUCGAGCCUUGGGGGAUUGGGACAUGAAGUUACCGAAGGGUUCUUCUUCACCUCUCAUAGCAGAGCCUGAGUUUCGACAAGCCGUUCUGACAGAGGAUGAUGAGUUCCUUAUCAUUGGGUGUGAUGGGAUUUGGGAUGUUAUGUCAAGUCAGGAUGCAGUUAGCCUAGUUCGCAGAGGGUUGCGGCGGCAUGAUGACCCUGAGCAGUGUGCUAGAGACCUUGUCAUGGAGGCCUUACGUUGCAACACAUUUGAUAACGUCACUGUGAUUGUUGUAUGCUUCUCUGCACCUGAUCACCGGGAGCAACCAUCUCCUCAGCAAAGAAGAUCGAGGUGUUGUAGCCUGUCUGCAGAGGCCCUGUGUAGCUUAAGGAAUUUGUUGGAUGGCAAUGCUAAUCGGUGAUUGUAAGUAUGUUGUUCAAUAGGGAAUAUUAUACUGUUUCUGGCUGCUUCAGUUAGAGCUACAAAAAGCAGCUAGCAGUUUUGCAGGGGACGGUUUUGGUAUAUUUAUGGUGGGUUAUGGGCGGAUGUACAUAGAGGAUGGUGGUGUAGAGAUGGUCCGAUAUAUUAUUGUGUGCUCAAGUCAUUUAUGGAUUCUUUUGCUCAAAAUCCAGGGUGGUUGCCCUUGUUACUUCAUUGUUCAUUCGUUCGAUGUAUGUAUAUAUAUUUUCAAUAAAUAUCGAAGUUUCCCUUGCUUUCUUCUUGUCCUAACAACCAUCCUAUAUGUAUAUUUUGCUUAAGACAAAAACUUUCUUAUAUCUGAUGCAAUUGCAUGAGAUGUUCAUUAUAUUUUUUGGUGAAUCAAGUUCGUAUA